AUGAUGUUGUCUCGUCGCGCAUGCUACAAGUGUGGCACCAUUGGCCACUAUGCUGAGGUCUGCUCUUCCACUGAGCGUCUCUGCUACAACUGCAAGCAACCCGGCCACGAGUCGAGCAGCUGUCCUCUGCCCCGUACCUCCGAGACCAAGCAGUGCUACAACUGCCAGGGUCUCGGUCACGUCCAGGCUGACUGCCCCACCUUGCGCCUGAACGGCGGCGCAGGCGGUGCCGGCGGCCGCUGUUACAACUGCAACCAGCCUGGUCACCUCGCUCGCAACUGCCCAAGUCCCGCUGCUCCUGGAGCUGCUGCCGUUCCUACCGGUCCCGCCGCUGGCCGCGGUGCUGGUGCUCGCGGCGGUUUCCAGGGUGGAUUCCGCGGCGGCUUCAGCGGCUACCCCCGCGCCGCAACUUGCUACAAGUGCGGUGGCCCCAACCACUUCGCUCGUGACUGCCAGGCUCAGGCUAUGAAGUGCUACGCCUGCGGCAAGCUCGGCCACAUCUCGCGUGACUGCACCGCCCCCAACGGCGGCCCCCUCAGCUCCGCCGGCAAGGUCUGCUACAAGUGCGCCCAGGCUGGCCACAUCUCCCGCGACUGCCCCACCAACGAGGGUGCUGCUGCCCCCGCUGCUGCCGUUGACGCCGCCCCUGUUGCCGCUGCUCCUGUGGCUGCUGCCCCUGUUGAGGCUGAGGCUAACACCGUUCCUGCUGCGGCUCCUACUACCGCCGUCGCAUAA